AUGUGGGUGGGACCAAUGCUUUCAUGUGGAUCCACAAAAGACAAGAUCAAGAGUUUUCCGCUUUGGGUUUACUUUGAAAUUUGCAAUGCAGAAACAACUGUGAUUAAUCAAUGCACCCAGCUUCUUUCACCAUCAGCUGAUCCUACUUAUGUCACGACAUAUAUUAGUCAUAGCUUUCCUGAACACCGCCAUUAUCUUUGUGCUGGUUCAUGGAUUCUGAUGCAUGGGCAUCCUGAGAACAUCAACAGUGCAAAUCUCGGCCGCGUCUUAAGAGAAUUUUCCCCUGAAGAAGUGACCGCAAAUAUAUACACAAUGGUGGAUGUCCUACUCCAUCACAUACAUUUGGAGCUACAGCUUAGACACCCCUUACAGGAUCUUAUACUAAAAGCUUGUGCAAACCUUGCAUAUUUUAUUUGGACUCAUGACCUUCUGCCUCUGGACAUUUUGCUUUUAGCACUUAUUGACCGUGACGAUGAUCCCCAUGCCUUGCAUAUUGUGGCCAUGAUACAACUUAGAUGUAGGCUCAGUACUUUCUUUGUGACAAACCUCUUGGCCAUGGACAUUAGGGAGCUCAAAAUUGGGAACUUGAGGAAAAUUUUGGCUUCCUAG